GAGAAAAUGGCCAGUUGGGGAAGGGUCGCCGCCGCCUUGAGCAACGUUUUGAGGAGUCCUCGGUCUCUGAAAGUUUUAGUACCCCGAAGAGCCGUCGGACCCGGUCUUGUGGGCUCACUUAUCGGAACCGGGUUUUUUUGUUAUUACCAGUAUCAUGCGAACCACAGGACUCUGCCCUUCGCCGUUCAUGCCGAGGUUCCAAAAGAAGCCGCCGCCGCCGCCGCACAGCCGUCCCCCAGAAGGGUCCGUUUCAACCAGUUCGCCUCGGUGGUCUACGAGGAGGAGCCCUACAUGACCGCCAGGGACUUCCUGUUCUCGGUGAUGAUGGAGAAUGUUGACCGAAAGCUGCAGAAGAGAAUUUUAACAGCAAAAGACGUUAACCACAUGCUGGGAGUCGCCUCCAACGCUCAGGCCGGCAACGAGCUGUUCAGAAACAUCGGCGACAACGGUUUGAUUUCCUACACGGAGUAUCUGUUCUUGCUGACCAUCCUAACCAAGCCGCGCACAGGAUUUCACAUCGCUUUCAAAAUGCUCGACGUUGAUGGUAACGAGCAAGUGGACCAAAAGGAAUUUCUAAAGCUGAAGAAUAUAAUUGGGAAAAGUAAAACGAGAGUCCCCAAGGAGAGCACAGAGAAACCAGCGGAGGAAGAGGAAAGCUCCAAAACUACACUGCAGGCCUACUUCUUUGGCAAGAGAGGAGAAAAAAAGUUGCAGUAUCAGGAGUUCCAGAAGUUCAUGGAGGACCUGCAGGCUGAAGUCCAGGCAAUGGAGUUCCUGCAGUUCUCCAGAGGUAUGGACACCAUGCGAAGAGAAGACUUUGCUGAGUGGCUGCUCCACUACACCAACGAAGAAGACAACGAAUUGUACUGGCAAAACAUCAGGAGGAGGAUACCCGCUGGCCAGAGCAUCACGUUCGCGGAGUUCAAAGCGUUCUGCCUCUUCACCAAUAACCUGGAGGAUUUUUCCUUUUCCGUGAAACUGGUGACGGGAGCCAACCGCCCCGUUGGGAUGGCCCAGUUCAAACGAGCCGUGAGAAUCGCCACAGGCCACAACCUGUCUGAAAACGUGCUGGACACGGUGUUCAAGCUGUUCGACAUGGACGGAGACAACUGCCUGAGCCACAAGGAGUUCAUGGGGGUGAUGAAGGACCGAAUGCUGCGAGGCCUGAAGGUGCAGCAUCAGAACGGCCUGUCUGGCUACUGGAGAUGCGUAAAGCGAGAGACCCUAAAGGCAGCUCAAGAAGCCUUGGGGGGCGACACCGGGUGCCCCUUCUGAACCCCCCGCAACGUUACCCACAACCACUGCCGGCCUUCGUAGCGUACAACCAGGCACAUGUCAAGAAACUAAGGAUUUACACCACUACGUUGAGCACAAAUUAUCCAUUUUACAGACCAACCCUACGCUCUGAUGUUAACUGUGGAGCAGGUUGUACUUUACAAUAUUUUCAGUGUUCCUAAUCAAGUUGUGGAUUUUAUGUUCUGAAUGGCUGAUGGCUUUGAAAUGAUCUUUGCACUCUUCACACUUCCUCCAACAAGAGGUGGGUGUAGCAGGUCGUUGACCUCCUUUUAGCUUCAACUUGUCCAUUUAUCAAGGGCUUUUUUUGGUGUUGGUUUUUCACAUUUAUUGUCCAACCAUUAUGAAAUAAAGUACAAAAAUACCA